AUGGAUGAAAUUGGAAGGAUGAACGUGAAUAAGAAUAUGCCAAUCCACCAGCAGGUGAUACUUGGAAGUUUAUCACGUAUAAUAUCAACUACGCUUCUCAUUCCUCUCGACGUGAUUCAACUGAGGUAUCGGUAUCCUGACACAUGGUGCGCAGAGAUGUUCAGGCUGAUGGUAAAGAGCAAGGAUCGUUCUGGACCCUUUGAAAUGAUGACGGCAACCAAGUUCCGGACGAGAGUAUAUCGAUCUCUGCGAUGGGGGGUCUUCUAUUGUCUUUUCGAUCGCCAUAAAAAGAACUGUAACUCUAAAGGGCUCAUACCUCUAUUCCACAAGACGUACCUGCUAACUGGACGCCCUAUUGUCAUACAGGCUAUUCGGCUCGGAAACUCAAGUGCGGCGCUGAAUUACUUGCAUGAGAGGCAGAGAAUACGAGAGCGAAAAAUGAUAGCAAAUUUUAUCAAAGACAUCAAUUCCCAAUUCUACGCUGCUAUAAACGGUAUCACGUUGAAACUGCCCUCAAUAAGCUUGCCCACGUUGACCCUGCCUACGGUGAAUUGGCAGUCUAAUAAUACCCUUACGGCAGCUGUAAUAGCAUCAGCGUUGUUGCACCCUCUGGACGUGUUCAAAGUACGUCUGCAGAUGUACCCGGAGGCGUGGGGCAUCAGUUUGUUGCGCAACAUGUUGCGGUGCGAGGGUAUCCGUGCUCCAUUCACAGGCUUGACGGCCAGCAUACUUCGCCAAACGACAUACACUGCUACCAGACUCGGUACCUAUUACUUCAUGUAUGAACAUCAAAAGAGAAAGUACAAUCGUGCCCCGAGUUUUCCGGAGAAGCUGGCUAUAGGUUCGUAUGCUGGAGUAAUGGGUGCGUUCGUGGGCUGUCCCUCAGAGAUAGUCCUCGUCCGCAUGAUGGCAGAUGGCCCGGUAGAUCCCUUCAGACGGUACAAGGGGCCUGUGGAUGCUUUUGUCAAGAUAUGGAAGACGGAGGGAUUCAACACAUUCUGGCGCGGCGCCCUCCUCACAAUGUCACGAUCAGUCGUCGUCAGUGUAGCACAAAUUGGAACAUACGCCAAGGCAAGAAAUUAUUUGGUAGAAAAAAAUCGAGCCUGUGGUUUUCUACUUCACCUCUAUACGUCGAUGUUGGCCAGUCUAGUCACUGCGAUAUUGACAUUACCGCUGGAUACCUUCAAGACGAGGUACCAGGUAGCGAGCAAUGAGUCCCAUCGAGAGGUGUACCACAAGUUCAGGCAGGAGACCGGAGUGCUGGGACUGUACAGAGGAUUCACUCCAUACUACGUGAGACUUACAGUACACACACUGAUUACAUUCUACUUAUUAGAAAUGUUAUUUGAAGUACAUCGAAAUCGAAAGAAGAUAGUAACGGAUAAGUGA